CCCUCCGCCCCCCUGACGUCAGCCCCCGGGCUGCUGUGAGCUAGCUCACUCGGCUUUAGCCCUCCGGCCGGGAAACAUGGAUCUGACCAGGCUGCUCUGCGCUCUUCUGCUGACCGCCUGCUGCUGCCGCCGCUCGGCUGGAGUGCCUGGUGAGGUGGAACCCAUCACAGAAAUACAAGAGUUUCAAGUGGGAGACAACGCCCGUCUUAACUGUGACAGCUCCUUGCCCAUUGUCAACCUCAGCCAUGUCGACUGGUUCUUUACACAUAAGGAUCAACACAUUCGCAUGUUUCAAGUGCGCCGGGGUCAGGGCCAGCCUGAUCCUGGUGAAUACGAACACCGACUCACUCUCCUGGAUGGGGCCAACCUUUCUUUGGCACAUGUUACCCCCAAAGAUGAGCGUAUCUUCAUUUGCCAGGUCAAAACUGGUGGCUCCCGCACCCAAAAGAAAUACACCCAGCUCCGCAUUUAUAAAGCCCCCAAGGAGCCUACAAUCCAGGCCAGCACUUCUGGCAUCUCUGUGACCAGCCAGGUCCCUCAGGAGGUUGCCACCUGCAAUGGGGAGGAUGGAUAUCCGAUCCCACAGGUCACCUGGUAUAAAAACAGGAGGCCCCUGAAAGAAGAGAAUAAUAGGAUCAGAAUUACAGAAUUACGAACCAAAGAGUCGAGUGGGCUCUACACUGUGAAAAGCACUCUGUGGGCACAGCUGGAUAAAGAGGAUAAGGAGGCCCUCUUUUACUGUGAGCUCAGCUACCGGCUUCCCGGGGGUGACCACAUGAAAGAAUCCAAGGAGGUCAAUGUCACCGUCUACUACCCAAUGGAGAAGGUGUGGCUAGAGGUGAUGCCAAGUAGACUGCUAAAGGAAGGAGACAGGGUCGAGCUCAAAUGCUUGUCGGACGGAAACCCUCCACCACACUUCACAAUCCGGAAGCAGGACCUGACCAGUGUCAGUUGGGUUGACGUAGAAAAUGUAAGUGAUGGGGUACUGAUCCUGGAGCGAGCACAGAGGCAUCACAGCGGACUGUAUGAGUGCUUGGGUCUGGACUUUGAAACUGGAGCAGAGGCAACUGACCAGCAGCAACUCUUGGUGAACUAUGUGUCCAACGUCCAGGUGCGACCCAAGGCUCCGGUGAUAUUGGAGGGCAGCAGCCUGAAACUCAAUUGUUCUGCAGAGAGCUCCCAACCUGUGGUAUUCCACUGGAAGCGAGAAAAGACCGAGGAGGUAUUGAAGAAUGGAUCUGUAUUGCAUCUGACCAACGUGACUAGGGAGGCAGGAGGAGGCUAUUUCUGUGUGGCCUCUGUGCCCAAAGUGCCCGGCCUGAAACAGGCACAACUGGUCAAUGUCACCAUUAAUGGGUCUCCGUGGGUGAUGGCAAAGGAAGCACACAUCUGGGUAAGAGAGAAUGAAGUGGUGAACCUGACAUGUGAGGUCUCAGGGCAACCCAGGCCCACCAUCUCUUGGAGUGUCAAUGGAACGGUCCAUGAACAUGACAAGGAUUUUCAGACUGUCCUGAGUACUUUGAAAGUCCGAGUGAUUCCAGAACUGCUAGAGAAGGGUGCCGUAUGCCAGGCGUCCAAUUCCCUGGGAAGUAACAAGACCACCAUCUUCCUGGAGCUGGCCAAUUUGACCACCCCCACCAUCACUACCGCUGAGAAUACUACCAGCAGCCAGAGCACCACCACCACCACCACCACCACCACCACCACCACCACCACCACCACCAGCAGUCCUUCUGCCAAAGGCAACAGCACCUCUACAGGAGACCCAGUCAAGAAAGCAGGAACAAAGCAAGAGAGCAAGGGAGUGGUCAUCGUGGCGGUCAUCGUCUGUAUCCUGUUGCUGGCUGUGUUGGGUGCUGUCCUUUAUUUCCUCUACAAGAAGGGCAAGAUGCCUUGUGGGCGAUCAGGCAAACAGGAAAUCACACUGCCCCUGGCUCGUAAGAACGAAAUUGUAGUUGAAGUUAAGUCAGAUAAGCUCCCAGAAGAGAUGGGCCUCCUGCAGGGAAGCAACGGAGACAAGAGGGCACCAAGAGACCAGGGAGAGAAAUACAUAGAUCUGAGGCACUAGCCCAAAGAAAGUCCUGCAGUGCUUCCUCCUCCCCUGUGUGGGACAGCUUCUGCUCUUUUUUACCCCUCCACCAUCAGCACCCGGGAUGACUUUGAAUAGAUGGAAACAGCUCUCCUGCAAAAUCCACCGUGGAAACCAAGGGAGUGCAAAGAAGCCAGGCUGCAUCGUCUUAUCAAGUUUACCUGACCUUGAGGAUGGGGAUAUCAUCUCCUCUAUCUAAGGGGCCCAAGUGGAGUUCAUACCCCAAGCAGAGGCCUUAGAGUCCCAGGAGAUCCCCUGUGUGCUGGAGGGAUGUUGUAGCUCCCCAGCUUUCUCACGACAUUUGUGGAGGUCUUAUAACUAUGUUCUUCUGUCAACAGCUGAAGUGAGUGGUCCCAUUUUUGCCAGCAGAUUUUUCAGGUAGCCUUGAUACCUAACAGUGGUAUCCAUUUGUGGGAGUCAAUGUGCCUCUAAACCAGAAUUCCUGUCCCACUAAGGUGGUCAUACCUGCUCUGCAGGGAGCAGGCUCUGAAAGCCACUGACAACAAUGUUGUUCAAAUCACUUUGGGGUUUCUUAUGGCUUCCAACUGAAAUCAUAGGGAUGAGGUGUCCUUCAUUCUCUACCAUCCUCCAUUCAUCCACCAUCAGUAGGAUGUGAGCUUUCAAGUUUCUUGUCACAGUGACUAACUUGGGUAGGAGGAGACAGAACAGUUUCUCUCUGUGAAGCUAACUGGCCCUUAUAGUUAGGGAUUUAACCUGGGGGCUCAUUAGCCUCAUACUACCAGUUGAGAAGCACACAUCCUAGGGUAUGGCCCCAAUAAAAGUGAAUGGUACUUGGAAGUUAGAAAUGGGAUCUGGUCAAGGCUUUGGUUUCUGUGUGUGUGUAUGUAAAUGUAUAUAUAUAUACAUAUAUAUAUAGUUCUGUUGGGAUGCAUGUAAAUUUACAAGUUUGUUGCAGGAUUUAUAUAUAUAUAUAUAGAUAUGUGAAAAAUAAAUUUGAACUAUCCCCAAAGUUUCUCUGCUUCCAAUCCCUUAUUUAACUCUAGU